GGGCGUGUACAUGUUAGCCUGUGUGCUAACUGGUAGCUAAAGUUGUACUUUCACUUUCUGACAGUCAACACGGCUUCCUGGAAAACGAAACUAGAAGCCGCCAUUGUUGUCUUGGACUGUCGUGUGAUCAUCGAUGUCAACACUUCAGACGUUUCUGUGUCGAUAUUGAAAACUUGGAGGAGGAGGAGGAGUGACACAUUCAACCGGCAAACACGCAGUUUACCUGCUAGCUCCAGCGGCUAGCUCCAGCGGCUAGCUUCAGCGGCUAGCUCCAGCGGCUAGCCCGUCGCUAGCAUGGACGGCGUGACGACCAGCGAGGAGAGGGGGGCCGAGAAACAAAUGGACGACUACCUGAAAUCACUCGGCCUUCAUCGGAAGAAGAUCGCCAAAGACGGCUCGUGCUUGUUUCGAGCUGUCGCCGAGCAGGUGCUGCACUGUCAAAGCCUUCACGCUGAAGUCAGAGCCAAAUGUGUUGACUUCCUGAAGCAGAACAGAUCGACCUACGAGGCUUUUAUUGAAGGCGACUUCGUGGAUUACCUGUGCAAGCUUCAGGACCCGCAGCAGUGGGUUGGCGAGGUGGAGAUCCACGCUCUCGCCAUCAUGUACCAGAGGGAUUUUCAGAUCUUCCAGGAUCCCGGUAAACCAGCCGUUAACAUCACAGACCACAACUUCAAAGACAAGGUGCGGUUGUGUUUCCUGAACGGGAAUCACUACGACAGCGUUUAUCCCGUCAGCCACGUCAAGAACGCCGCUCUCUGCCAGUCCAUCCUGUACGAGCUGCUCUACGACGAUGUGUUCAAAGUCGAGCGCGGUGCUCUGAGCGUGUGUCAGCGGGUCGGGAGACCUCACGACCUCCUCAUCGACGACAACAUGGCCGCCUGCGGCAGCAGCGACGAGUCGGACAACGGCGACCCGCUGUGGAUCGAAAAUGGAACAAACACGACGGCCCCAAGACACAACAACAGGGGUCGGGGGCGGGGCCGGCUCCUGUCUGAGAGGGUGAGGCGUUCACUGAACCCGACUCUGUUCAGGAACAUCGAGUACGACGUCUGGCACAAAACGAAGAGAGCUCAGCAGAAGUUGGAUUAUUGUAUCGCUGCAGGGAUGCAGUUUACUGCAGGAGACCGCUGCCAGGUCCGUCUUGAAGGGAGUGGGCGGAACUACAAUGCGACUGUCAAGGAGGUUCCUGCUGACAACGGCUUAGUGACAGUUUUUAUCGAGGAACUGGGCAAGAAACAGGUUCCUCUGUGGAGUCUGCGUCCUCCCUCUGAUGAGAACAGCUGGAGCACUGUGGUGAACCGAGACAAGAGACUCAGCAACGGACAAGGAGAUUGGGAGGAGAGGAGUAAGGGCAGAGGACGGGGGAAGAAUGUCCCCGCGUCCUCCUCUGUCCCGGCUCCGGCGCCGGGCCCCUCUGGGCGCGUGCAGAAGCAGCACUCAUGGCCCCCGCAGACCACCGUAGAGGAGCAGGGCGCCACCAAAUCCACCAGAAAGUCGGUGAGCGUGGUGGAGUCGGCGUUCGGUCUGACGGAGGAGCAGCGUUUGGCCAAAGAGGAGGAGAAGAUGAACGUGGCGUUGGUGGAGAUCCAGCUGAGAGACGAGCAGAGCUUCCCCGCUCUCGGGGGCGGGAGUCAGGGUGACGGAGGGAGGAAGAAAGGAGGAGAGAAAAAGAAAUCUCAGAGGAACAAAACGAAGAGUCCAGUUGAAGACGUCAGAGCUCCGUCGCCCUCUGCUGGAGAGAGACCAAAGUCCUCCACCCCGCCUCUCACUACUCCUGCUUCUUCUUCUGCAAAUACACCCACCAACCCCAUCUCCACCAAACCUCCUCCUGCUGCUCCUGCUGCUCCGUCUGCAGACUCUGACUCCGCCCCCACCUCCCUGAGCUCGCACAAAGCUUCGGCGCCCAAAACGAACCCGCCCACCGUGGCUCCUGCACCUCCAGACGCUCCCUCCUCCUCCUCCACUUCUCCUCCUCUUCCUCCUCCUGCUGUCCCCUCCUCCGCCUCUCUCUUCUCCUUCAUCACCCCCAUCCUCCCCCCCGCCUCCUCCCCCUCCCCCUCCUCUCAACCCCCUAGCUCCUCCCCCUCCUCUCAACCCCCUAACUCCUCCCCCUCUCCUCCUCCGUCUUCUUCUCUGCCUCCUCCCACUUUCAUUGCACCCAUCGCUCCCUCUCCCGCCGCCGCUCAGAGCUUCCUCCAUCCCUCCUCUCUCACCCGCUCCUCCCCCCCCCUCACCGCUCUCCCUCACUCCCCCAGUCCUCCCCCGCUCUCCUCCUCCUCCUCCUCUUCCUCUCUUCUCCGUCAGGCCGCUCAAGUCGACGAGGCUCCUCCGGCGCCGACUCCGAGUUCUUUACCAAACCCUGGAGGAGCCCAGACCCCCCAGAACCAGAGUCCACCUCAGGUCCCUCUGCCCCAAAACCAGACCCUGAUGACCACUUCCUGUCCCUCCCACCUCCAGCACCCACCACAGUCCCAACCUGAAGUCACCCAGGUACCCCAGACCCCCCUCCAGCAGACCCAGUACCUCCCCCAAUCCCAGCCGGACGAGGUCCAGUCCCAGUCGUCUUACCCCCUCCCCUCCCAGGCCUCAGAUCCGGUCUCCCACCCUCCCCCUCAUUUACAGCUUCCUCACCCCUCCCUCUCCCUUUCUUCCUCCCUGUCUCACCCCUCCAUGCAACCCCAGACUCAAACAGAAGCCGCCCCCCCUCCUCCUCCUCCUCCCGCCCAGCCUUUACCAGAGUCUCCCCCCCACCCUCAGCAGUCACAUCCCCCUCACCCCUCCCAGUCACACCUCGCUCACCCGCCUCACCUGACGUCCAUCCAAGGGGCCGUCCCCCUGCAGCAGCUGUCCCAGCUCUACCAGGACCCCCUGUACCCCGGGUUCCCUCAGGGGGAGAAGGGCCAGCCCGCUCAGCCCCCCCUCAUGUCCUGCAGCAGAUCGGGGGACGACCUGCCGCAAGAUGUCAACAUCUUGAGGUUUUUCUUCAACUUGGGUCUCAAGGCUUACUCCAUGCCCAUGUUACCACCUUACGUCUACCUCCUGCCCCUCCAACAAACCCACACCAUGCACCCCAGGAUCACCUCACGCUCUCCCAGCCCCCACUACCCUCCCUCCAACCCUCCGCCGAGGCCACAGGAGCCGUACCCUCACCCUCAGUACCCUCCCACAUCAGCAUCGAUGCCUCCUCAGUACGACCACCAGGCUCCGCCCACAGAGCCCCCCCACCAUAGCGACCCCUCCUACAACCAGUCGGGAUACCCCAUGUCACAGCCUCCGACCCACAGGAUGCCCCAGCAGUGGUUACAGCAGCAGAUGCCUCCACCCAGGAACCCCAACUUUCCAGUCGGGUAUCCCACCCCGAACCCACAUUAUGCAGUCCCACCCACCAUUUCUCAGGUGUACCACCCAGGUCAGAGCCCGGGACACCCGCUGUACCCUUCUAGCGUGUCCUCUUACCCCCCUUCUUCCCUGGGAUACCAGCCCUCCUCUGCGCCUGAGGAGCUCCAGGUGAACCAGGGGGCAAUGGAGCAGCAUCGUCCCUCCAAUGGGAACAUCAUGCCCGGGCAGCGGCCUGUCCAAGGUCAUGGUCUUCUAGGGAGUCCUCCUGCUGCUAACAUGGCUAACGCUAACAACAUAACAGUGAUGGUUCCUGGUUUUGCCCACAAGAAGGAGCAAGGAGAGAGAGUGACCAGAGCAGUGAUGCUGGGCGAGCUGCCUGUCAACAAUCCCAUGCUGGCUUCAAACCCAGGUGAUGUCCCUGUCUCCAUGACCACCAUGAAGCCCAGCAGCACACCUGGCCAUCCAGUGCCCUACGAAUUCUUCUCUGCGACAGCCACGCCCACCAACAACAACAACAACAGCAGCCCCUCUUAUGGUUACCGCAACUACCCAAAGCCCCUUAAUCCCACCAACAACGCGUACGUCCCACUGGGAGCCCCAGAGCACGGCCAGGUGGACUACCUGGCUAACGUCACCAUGGCAGAGGGUUCGUCUGUCGGAUGCAGCACGGAGGACGACUGGGACGAGCAGGCCGGAUUCAAACAGAUGAACUACAGAGGGCCGAGGAGGUACCAAAGAGGAGGGGGAGGGGGGAGGGGGAGGGGAAGCCAUGAUCCAGGGAGAGGGGCAAACAGGAGGAGGUAUGGGCCAGAUGGAGGGGCGGGGUUUGGCUAUGUCCAGUUUAACUCCUCCCACAGGGGAAGGGGCCGUGAGAGAGGUUACUAGCUUUCAGCCCAAGAGGAAGAUGUGUGUUUUCAUUUCCUUCCCUCAGAGCUUCGAAGUUACAAUCAGACCUUUCUCCUGCUUCUUCGACGAUUAAGUAAAUUCUCAUCCAAUCACUUUUUUUGUCACCAUACUGGAAGCUGAUUGGAUGAUGGAAAUGAUCGCACUUACCCAAUCCAAAAUAUGCCAGAAACGAUCAAUCGUCUUCCCAAAUCCCGUUGGUGUGUUUGAUGUGUCGAAACGCUUCCGAUUGCCAAGAAAAUAAAACAUGAACACUACAAUCCUUAGUCACAUUAGCUAGCUUGUUAGCAUAGCAUAUUAGCAAGAGUUAGUUUACACGUCAUUGUACUAUUUACGGCAGUUGAAUGUAUCGAUUUGAAGAGUCAGACAAAGUUUUUUUUGUGAGGACUAUAAAUAUGUUUGAGUUUGAGCUGCUUUGAGUUUGUCGCUAUGUUGAUGAUGUUUGAAAAAAUGUCUGAAACUUCAGCUUCAUAAAAAGUCCUGCACUUAAUUUGACAUCACAUUUAAUUUCUUUUAAAGGAUUAGUGAGAUUUUCAUGCAGAACUUGAUAUCACUCCUGGGUGUAAGAGCUACAUAGGAAGCUAGUGCCAAAAAUGGGUUAGCUUAUGUUAGCAUAAAGACUUGAAAUAGAAGCUAACAGUUAGCUUUAAAGUUCUUGAAAGUUACACAGUGACUUAUAACAGGCUGAAUUGUAGAAACAAAAAUGUGUACUACUUCUAGGGGUUAAAUGCUAGGCUAGCUGUUUUCUUGUUUUCAUUUUUUUAUUUUUUAAGCUAAGCUAACUCCUUCAGGCUAUCACUGCAUAUUGACCAGACAUACAUAUAAGUGCUAUCCACCUCUUAUUGACAAUUUUUCCAGGAUUUUUAGUACAAUUUCUUUAGCCCAUUGCCAAACUUCAGACUCUCUAGCAUCAUUUGAACACACAACAACUGAUAGCUUAGCAUCACUGUAAAGAGUUACACAUUUACACAUAUUUAAACAAAGAAAGCUGCACACUUCUGGUAGGUACAGAUGGUGAACAUUGCCUUUAUUUUUAUGCAAAGAUAGAUUUUUGUGGAACCUGAUAUGAAGGUAAAGCCACAACAGGGCUAGCUUAGCUUAGCAUAAAGACAAACUGGAUGAACAACUAGCCUGGCUCUGUUGAUAAAGAACAUAAUCCACAAAGCUGUAUUUCUUGAACAUGUUUUGCUUACUGUCGAGAGGUGCUCGGCUAGCCGUUUUCCGUGGUUUGUACUCUGUAUGCUAAGCUAAGCUAAUUGCCUCUGGAUACAGCUACAUCUUUAGCUUUUCAGUCAUAAGAGUGGAAUGAACUUCCCGUCAAAUUUCCCCAAAUUUUGCAACUUUUUUCCGAUCGGUAAUUCAGAUUUCAGACUUUUAGCUUCCCUCAAAUGUAGAAUGAAAAAUGAGCGCUUAGCAUGUUCAAAACGUGUUUGACAUUUAAACAUAUUUAUGCAAAAAUAAACAAGCUUGUGUUAGCUUAAAAACAAGGACGUGGACAAAGGAAUAGGAUCGUUGCUUUAAAAACGUAAAAUCUGUAAAUAGGACUUUAGGAAACUCAGAGAAAUCUGAAGCCGUGUGCACUUAUUUUUUAUUUGUCUUGUUGUUGGUUUCAUGUUUAGUGUAAACGUCUGAUUUCUUCUUCUCACCUGGUUUGUUUUUUCUUUCCUUCUUUUGUUUUGUUUGAUCAAAUCCGAACACUUUAGAGAUUCAGUCAGUGCCUUACUUUUCAUACUUUUUUCUUUUCAUAUCACUUUUUUUUCUUGAGUUUGGGAAACACUGCUGUACAGAACAAAAAGCUGUUUGUUGUCUGUGUUGAUUUUUCUAUGCGGUUGAAUAAAUAAAACUUUGGUUCAGAUGA